AGGGUGUGUUCAGCUGGCCGCAAUUUGGUCAAGGCUCUUUGUUGUUUACUACUGGACAGACGUCCUCGAGACCGAGUUCAUGUAAACAUGAAGCUCGCUCAGCGACUGGCCAGGCAGCUAUCAACAUCGCGAUCAGGAUCGUACUCUCCCACGAGUCCAACGAACACAAGUAGGCAUAGUACUGAUUUUGAACCCUGUCAUGCCUUUCCUACUAAAACUAGUAAAAGUCCCAGUGUGGAAAUAAUGGACAAUCAAGCAGAAAUAGAGGAAAAUGACGAGAUCAAGACUCAGCACGAAGCCGAGCCAGAGCCAGAGGGCAGCGGUGACCGUGAUGAGGGCGGUGAUCCCAGUGAGGAGAUGACCGUGGAUGCGUUUUCGUGGGUUAUGACGGAAUGUCUCGAGUUUAUCAACAGAACAUUCGGCUUCCUCACUGCGAAGGAGCUCAAUACUUGUGCCAGAGUUUGUAAGGUGUGGCAGAAACAAGCCAAUCGGACCUUAUCUCGGCGGCAAGAUCUCAACUGGGUGUCUGAACUGAAAUUAUCUCACGCUACCAACGACAGGAUAUCACAUCCUUUGGGUUUUUUUGGACAUUACCUUCAGCAAAUGACACAGUCAAUGGGGCCGGUCCCAAAGUUUGCUUUGAUGUUCACGGAGUACUCCAAGGGUUCGGACUACAGGGGUACAGGCCAGAAGAGAAAGAAUUCAGAAGAUGUAGGGCCUGCGAAAUCACAGGAGGUCGUAGAUUAUUUCAAAUCUCUGCUCCCUCAAGAUUGUGUAUUCCUGAGCCUCAUGACUCCGGGGGUUGCAGGACCCAUGGAUAGUGCGAGCACAAAACCCGGUAAUGAGAGCGAGGGUGACGGGGCAGCAACCUGCGUCCUCUUCCCCAGCAUCCCCGGCGUCCAGACCCAGCUCCUGCCCAUCUCCCCCAAACUCCUUCAGGGAGGCUACAAGGAGGAGCUCUGGCAGCGAUGGCUGGAGGCAGGGAUCUCCCCCAACGAUACCCAGUGUGUCUUGCUCUUCGGAUGGGGCUUCAUAUCGGGUGUCCAGCAAGCAGCAGCUGAGCUUCAGAGGCUCUUCCAGGACAAGGCCAAGAAGAAUCCUGUCAUCGCCGGAGGGAUCGUCAACAGGUUGCUGAGUAAAGGAAUCUGCUCAAAAUCCGAGGAAUCGUCUGGAGUGAUAGGAGUAACGUUCUCAGGAACCAAUGUGAAGGCCAUUUCAGUACUUCUCAACGAGCAGGUCAGGACACGGACGGAAGCGAAUGCUGCCAUCGCCAGGCUGAAAGAAGCCAACCUUCCUAUCAGGCCCAACUACAGCCUGGGCUUCAUGUUUGCCUGUGCCGGAAGGGGGGCGCACUUCUACGGAGAGGACAAUGUGGAAAGCGAAGAGUUCCAUAAGCUCUUCCCGGACACUCCUUUGUUCGGUUUCUUUGGAGGCGGGGAGAUUGGCUGCUUAAACUUGACAGCCGGCAGAGACAUUGACAAAUUGAUGCUUUCCAACACGGCCCAUGCAUACACCACCAUUAUGUGUCUUGUGACCUUCGACCCCAGUUAGAAAAUCAUGUGAGUAACGCCGCUAGACUUGAAAGGUGGACAAUGCUUGCUAUCGUUUCUUACGACGGAUGUAAAAGACAAAAAUCUUAUUGAUCGCUAUCAUUAUCAUGCUGUAUUGCACAAAGUAUUAAAAGUUUUCUGUCUUCUUUUUACGAAGUCUACGAAAAUCUGAACCAGAUUUUGUGGCAUAGUCACAUCUUAUGGAUGAGGACAUACUGUCUAUCCCCGAAGGACUUGUCCGUGAAGGCCAAGUGUGAUUUAAAGUCAUUUUUAAAUGGCGAUGGUAGUCAGGCACCUUGCCUAGUUCUAAGCCGCGUCAUUCACACAGGAAUCUGGUGAGCUGCUUUCCUUCACUAUAAAUCCUCAAGAAGGGAAAAUAAUGUAGAUGUGCGAAAGCCACUGUGAAACGACUUUUAGUGCCUUCACAGAAGAUGGCCAUAGUAAUGUCACCAGUGCAGUGAUGCAUAAUGUAUCAUGUGCAGUAGAGAGGGAGAAAAAAAGUUGAGUGCGACUCACCUCCUUAUUAAGUCUCUCAAUGUAUAUAAUCUUUAUUUCAAUAAUGUACACGCACACAUAUACACCAAACUAAAUGCAUGCACGUAUUUGUCGAAACAGUUGACACAUACAGCAUUUUG